UCUCUGGAACCAAAUUUGGAACUUUUUGUCUGAACAAAAAUGGAUGCUCUCGACUCUGUUUUCGAUCCCCUUAGAGAUUUCGCCAAAGACAGCGUUAGGCUUGUAAAGAGGUGCCACAAGCCAGAUCGUAAAGAAUUCACCAAAGUUGCUACUCGUACUGCAAUCGGCUUCGUUGUGAUGGGAUUUGUAGGAUUUUUCGUCAAAUUGAUCUUCAUUCCUAUCAACAACAUCAUCGUUGGUGCUUCUUAAUCGGCCGCGUGAAGGAGAAACUAAAUGGAGAUAUAGAAGGAAGUAAUGACGACAGUCCUCACAAUUUAGUUUAAAUUUGUAACCUCUGGCUGUUGGAUAUUUCUGACAUGUUAUUCAGUACCCUCUUAUUGGUCUGAGUUAAUACUGUAGCAUUCAAAUUGCCUUUAUCACCUCCCUGCACCCUCAUAUUGGAAUUUUGUACACUUGUUUCCAGAUCAAAGUAUUUAUCUCGUAGUUUUA